UCUCUGUCUGUGUGUGUAUGCAGUGAAAUGGCUGAAGCCAUGUUUUCUCAGGACCAUUUUAGGUGUCCAGUGUGUCUGGAUCUACUGAAGGAUCCAGUGACUAUUCCCUGUGGACACAGUUACUGUAUGAGCUGCAUUAAAACAUUCUGGAAUCAGGAAGAUAAGAAGAGAGUCUACAGCUGUCCUCAAUGCCAACAGACCUUCAGUCCAAGACCUGCUUUAAAUAAAAACAUCAUGCUGGCUGAAGAGGUGGAGAAACUGAGGAAGACUGAACUCCAAACUGAUUUUCCUGCUGGACCUGGAGAUGUGGAGUGUGACGUCUGUACUGGAAGAAAACACAAAGCUGUGAAGUCUUGUCUGACGUGUCGGCACUCUUUCUGUCAAAAUCACCUUGAACAACAUGAGAAUCUCUUCAAAGAAAUGGGACACAAUCUAAUAGACACCACUGGAGAACUUCAGAAGAUGAUCUGCAGUAAACAUAAAAAGCCAAUGGACAUUUACUGCCGUACUGAUCAACAAUGUAUUUGCGCGCUCUGUAUAGUGGAUGAACACAAAAAACACAUAACUGUCUCAAAUGCAGCAGAGAGGACAGAGAAACAGAAACUUGUCAGUGAGAUGCUGGAAAAAUACCAGCAGCAAAUCCAUGAAGGAGAAAUGAAGCUUCAGGAGCUGAAAGAGGCUUUAGAGAAUCACAAGCGCUCUGCACAGACAGCAGUGGAGGACAGUGAGAGGAUCUUUAAUGAGCUCAUCCGCUCCAUUAAAAGAAGAUGCUCUGAGGUCACACCGAUGAUCAGAGAUCGAGAAAAAACAGUAGUGAGUCAAACUGAAGCACUCCUGAAACGACUGAAGCAGGACAUUGAUGAUCUGAGGAGGGAAAAAACUGAGCUGGAGCAGCUGGCAAAGACAGACAACCACACCCAUUUACUUCAGUGUUUCCCAUCUCUCCCUGUUCCUCCUGGAUCUCCAGAUGUUCCCAGCAUCUCUGACGGUUCUUUGGAUGUUGUAGGAAAAUCAGUCUCUCAACUGAGACAGAAACUGGAGGAUUUCUGCAAAGAGGAGAUUGAAAAACUCUCUGGAAGAGUCAUAUGUAUCCAGAUCAUUCCCACCCCAGAAUAUGAUAGCAGAAAAGACUUCCUACAGUACUACAUUCAGUUCACCAUGGACCCAAACACAGUGCAUAAACAUCUCAGUCUGUCUGAGGGGAACAGAGUGGUGACAUACGCUAACACAGUCCAGGAGUAUCCUGAUCAUCCAGACAGAUUUAGUUAUUGGUGGCAGGUGUUGUGUACAGAGAGUGUACGUGAACGGUGUUACUGGGAGGUUGAAUGGAGUGGGAUUGGAAAUGUUGAUGUGUGUAUAUCAGUGUCAUAUAAGAGCAUUGUCAGGAAGGGACGGGGAAAUAGGUGCAAAUUUGGAAGUAAUGAUCAGUCCUGGUGUUUAAUCUGCUCUCCUUCCAGUUACACAUUCUCUCAAAAUAACCAGCAGACUAAACUCUCUGUAGUGUCCAGCUCUCGUAGAAUAGGAGUGUAUGUGGAUUACAAUAUCGGAAUUCUGUCCUUCUACAGCAUCUCUGACACAAUGUCAAUGAACCUCAUCCACAGAGUCCAGACCACAUUCACUCAGCCUCUCUGUCCUGGAUUUUGGAUUAAUUUAUCAGUUGUUAAUAGAGUAUUUGGAUCAGCUGAACAUCCAACUUUGAAACUGUGUGACAAAAUAUAAAUGGUCCAGGGAUACUGAAUUGCCUAAAAUAGUCAGUGGGAUUUGACAAGAAUGCUGCUGCAUAGUAACAAUGCACACUUGUUGAUGUUACAGAUCAGAAAGAAUGAGAGCAAAAAUCUUUAGAUCAGUAGGGGUCUGCCAUUCUCAGAGUACAUACAUACCCAUGCAUGUGACAUUACUGUCAAUAUUUCAAGCUUUUCAUGUUUAAGCAUCAUAUAUUAAGUAAUUUUUGUUCCUUUGGUAUAUACAGGGGACUCUUGUUUUCUGAAAAGAAUUUUGUCACUAUGUUGAGUUUAUAACAUUUUUUUAAUAACAGUCUGUAUGCAUGUUUAAAUUUCUGUAAUAUAAGUGCACUUGUUCUGCAUAUGAA